AGUGGUGUUUCGAUUAGAAUUAAGGUGCGCGUGUGAAAUCUGUUUUAAAUAUUGUUUCAAUAAAAUCAAAAUAAUUUCAAUUAUUUGAGAUUUUAAAUUAUUAACAAAUUACUAAUAUAAAAAGUGAAGUUUAAUGGAUAUUGUCUACCGUUGUUUACCAAACGAUAAAUUCAUAUACAUUAUAUGUAUACUCGUAUUAUGUAUGUAAUUACAUAUGUAUUUGGUUUAAUAACAAUAACUUGCAAAGAAGAAAAGUAAUGUAAAUAAUAAUAAGUACAAAAAUAGUACAAUUUGUAUGCAUAAAUCGUAUGGUCGUAAAUCACAAAAAUAUUUUAGCAAUAAUACUUACACACAUGUGUAUGCAUAUGAUAUAGGAAUACAGUAAUUCAACUAAUUCAUCGAAACGUAGAAAACUAAAGCAAAUCAAAAACGAAAUCCUUUUUUAAAUUUAGUAUUAUUAAAAAAUCCCUAUAAGAGAAUGGUGGAAAAAAUCAAGAGAAAGAACAAAGCUGAUCAUGGAGAUAAUUUUAUUCCACCAGAUGGUGGUUGGGGUUGGAUUGUUUGUAUUGCAAGUGGAAUUACGAAUACAUUCAUGUUUCCAGUAUUUCAAUUUUUCGGCUUAAUAUUUCGUGAAAAAUUCAAGGAAAAUGGAAUUACAAAUCAACAAGUAGCCAUAAUGAUUAAUUCUCAAAUGGGAUUUGCGGCUUUAUCAGGAUUUUUUUACGGACCAAUAUUUAGAACAUUUACAUAUCGAAAAGUUGCCAUUUUUGGAUCGAUUCAAUUAAUUUCUGGAAUAUACUUUUUAUCGCUAGCUGAAUCUUUUGCAUUAUUUUUAUUAACUUAUGUAUUCUAUUUAGCUGUUGGCAAGGAACUAAUCAUAACGGCAAAGCAAAUGGCGUUUAACACUUAUUUUAAAGUGAAAAGAAGGAAAGCUUUAAGUAUUGUGGCAGGUAUACCAAGUUUAACAAAUAUAGCAAUGCCAGGCUUUAUAACCUAUUUAAUGUACUUAUACACAAGCUCUGGAACGUUAUUAAUAUUAUGCGCUCUGGCUGGAAAUGUUCUUGUUGCUUCAUUAACUUACCAACCCGUAAAAUGGCAUGUUAAGAGAAACACACAAACAAUUGAAAAUAUAGAAUCAAAUCAAAAUAAUACUGUUGAAAAAUUAAAUAAUAUUGAAAUCAAGGAAAAAAUUGAAACUAAUCACUUAUUGAACGAAGGUAAUGAAAUGAAAGAAAUUUCAUCUUCUAACAUAAAUAAAAAUGAACAGAAUAGUUUAGAAAGUACAAAAAGUGUUAUCAAAAAAUGUGAUGAAAAAUCAAAAACGUUGGAACAAUCGGAAAAUUUAUUAAAAACCGAAACAAAUUGUAACAUUGCAACAGAAUGUAGUGAUCGAAAAAUAACAUGGUUACAUAAAAUAUUUGAUUUCUUUGACAUGGAUUUAGUAAAGGAUAUUCGUUUUUUAAAUAUAUGCUUUGGAUUAAGUUGUUCGAUGCUUGUCGAACAAAAUUUUAAAAUUUUAGCACCAUUCUUCUUAAAAGAUUUUGGUUAUUCAGAUACUGAAAUAGCAUUUGCUUUAUCAAUUGGUCAAAUUCCAGAUUUAGCAAGUAAAAUAUUAAUACCACAUAUUCUGGAGUGUUUAAAAGUUAAAUGGAAAAAUCGUACUUUAUGGAUAUUUUGUAUAGCUGGUAUGAUGAUUGGUGAAAUUAUUAUAGCCCAGAAUCCAUCAUAUUAUACUAUCGUCGUUUUUAUGUUCGUUGAAGGAAUUUUUUCAGGUGCUAAAUCAAUAUUCACUGGUAUGUUAAUUCCAGAUCAUGUUAUUUUAAAAAAAAUGCCAGCCGCAUUUGGUAUUAAUCGUUUCAUUAGUGGAAUAUUUAUGAUUGCGAUGGGUUUUUUGAUUGGCUGGAUUCGAAAGAUCUCAGAUUAUACUAUGGCUCUAUUACUUUUAAAUUUUAUUUCAUUGCUAUCAAUUGGAUUGUGGACUAUUGAAAGAUAUGUUUUUAGAUCCAAAUCUUAUGUGCCACAUAAUAGUGAAUUGUUUUAUUUUAUGAUUAUGAUGCAGAUCUGUAUGUUUCCAAUCUUUCAACAAUUCGGACUAAUUUUUCGGGAUAAACUAUUUGGACUUGGAAUAACGAAUAAAGAAAUUACAUCAAUAGUUAAUACACAUUUUGCAGUUUCAUCGUUAUCAGGAUUCUUUAAUGGUUACAUUUUUCGAGAAUUUUCUUAUAGAGGAGUCGCUUUAUUAGCAUCACUCGGUCUCAUAUCUGGAAUUUAUUUUAUGAUAUACGUUGAAACAUUCUGGAUGUUCAUGUUGAUUUACGCUCUAUAUUUGGGUAUUGGGAAAGGUUUUGUUAUAUCAGCUAAGCAAGUAGCUUUUUUAACAUAUUUUAAAAAGAAUCGAAGAAGAGCUUUAAGUAUUAUUGUUACUUUACCAGCUAUUGGUCAAAUUGUCAUGCCACAUUUAGUAGCAUUUCUAAUGUUUCAAUAUGGUAUUAAAGGAACUUUAUUAAUAUUUUGUGGUAUUGCAAUGCAUUCAUUUGCUGCUUCAUUGAUUUAUCAACCAGUUCAAUGGCAUGUUAAAAAAAAAGAAGUUUUAGAACGAAAUACAUCGGCAGCUGUUUGUAUAUUCUGUGGUCUACGAAAUGAAAAUCAAUUAAGACAAAUAAAUCGUAAAAGUUCAUUGGACACAUAUUUCUUAUAUGAUCCAGAUGAAAAAUUUUGUAAUUGUUCAGAAAUUAAAACGCUUUCUUUAAAUAGUACCGCAGUCAGCAUUAAAGAAGAAACUGAUAUUAAUGAAAUAGAAAAACAUGGAAAUGAUGGAAAAAAAUUAGAUAAAGACUAUAUAAAAGAAAAAUUAACAAUUCGGGAAAAAAUAAUUUUAUUAUUAGAUUUAGAUUUAUUUAAGGAUAAAACAUUUAUAAAUAUUUGCCUUGGUAUAACUUGUACCCAAUUUGUUGAGCAAAAUUUUACGACAUUAGCCCCAUUUUUUUUAAGUGAUUUUGGUUAUUCAUAUCAACAGAUAACGAUUGCAAUGUCAGUUACAAGAAUACCAGAUUUAAUAUCACGUAUUAUAACACCAUAUGUUGUACAAAACAUUAAAUGGGAGAAUCGUACAUUUUGGCUUAUAUGUGUUAUGGCAAUGACAGUUUCUGAAAUGUUAAUUGCACGAAAUCCAAGCUAUUCAUGGAUUGUGACAUUAAUGUUUUUUGGUGGAAUAUUUCGUGGAGCAAAAAUGAUAUUUUCUGGUAUGUUAAUACCAGAUCAUGUACCAUUAAAAAGAAUGCCAGCUGCAUUAGGUUUAAAUCGAAUGUUGGGUGGUAUAAUAAUGUUAUCACUUGGACCAAUUAUUGGACUGAUAAGAGAUAAAUCUAAUUUUCAAAUGGCCUUAGUAUUCUUGAAUUUUAUUUCAAUGAUUCCUAUUACAUUAUGGUCAAUCGAAUAUUAUUAUAAGAAGACAUCGAAACCUGCAAUUAAUACUGCAACACAAAACGAUACAACAAGCAAUAAUAAUGGAGCAGUUGAAAGAGAUGAGAGAGGACCAAUGUUACCAAAGACAACAAAUUAAUGUACAAAAUUAUAUUUGUCGUUGGAACAUCAAGUUUCGAUAAUAAUUUUGUAUUUUAUGAUAAUUCAAAUACCUGUAUUUAUAAUUAAAAAAUAUUUACUUAUAAUAAAUAAAAAAUUUGCUGUGA